AUGUAAAAAUAUGUGAAAUUCUUUAAAAUUUCUUAGUAAUUAAAGUUUGUCAAGAGAAAAGGAUGGACAAGAUUCCCAUUAAUAAAAUAAGUUGAAUCUGUAGCUGAUCAUAGCUGGAUGAUUUAAGUGAUAGCUUUAUCUUUACCCACAAAUGAAUUAAAUAAAGAUAAGUGUAUAAAGAUUGCUUUAUUACAUGAUUUGGCAGAAGUGAUUGUAGGAGACAUAAUUCCUAGUGAGAAUAUGCCAGUACAAGUUAAGAAAUAGAAAGAGGAUGAUGCAAUGAGAAUGAUGAUCUAAGAUUUGGAUGAAGAGAUAAAAUAAGAAUUGUAUAAUAUUCAUAAAGAAUAUGAGAAUGGAGAGAGCAUAGAAGCUGAAGUUGUGAGGGAAUUAGAUAAAUUAGAAAUGUUAUUUCAAGCAUUUGAUUAUGAAUAGAAGUUUAAAGUUAGAUUGGAUGAAUUUUAUACAUGUGAGACUAGAAUUAAGACUAAAUAUGUUAGACCAUUAUUGGAUGAGUUACUUAAACAGAGAGAAGAAUUCUUAUCGUAAUGA